UUCGCCUCAUUUCUUCUCCUUCCGUCGCGUGCACCCCCAUUCCUUCACAUCUCCGGCCGGAUUCCCCCCUUUUGCAGCUCCUUUGCGGCGGCAUGGACUGCCCCAACCCCAAGAGGAGAGCCGCGGAGGAGGCGGCGGCGGCGGCCGGCCUCCCUGACGAAGCCCUCGUGGAGAUCCUCUCACGCCUCCCCGUCAAGCCGCUGUGCCGAUCCAAGUGCGUCGCCAAGGCCUGGCGCGACCUCAUCGCCGACCCCCUCCACCGCAGGAAGCUGCCCCGAACCCUAGUGGGGUUCUUCUAUGGCAGCGUCGGGCGCACGGCCUGCUGGCCGCGCCAGCGCCAGGAGUAUGUGAAUUUCAUCAACCUGAUGUGGACAUCCCCCGCGCCUUUCGUCGACCCGCCAUUCCCCUUCCUGGAGGACCUUCCCGGCAUCGAGAAUGUCCGUCUCCUGGGUUCCGGCAACGGGCUCCUCCUCUUCGAUUACGUCCCCACAUCGCUGGAUCUGGGCCUCGUCGUGUGCAACCCCGCCACGAAGCAAUGGGUGGCCGUGCCGGGCAAAUGUACUCCGGAAUACCCAGGCUACCCUGUGAAGCACACCAGUUUGAUCUUCGAUCCGGCCGCCUCCUCUGACUUCCAUGUGGUCCAGUUCUGGGAGAAGUCGUGCAAGACAUUGGUGCACGUCUACUCAUCGAAGACGGGGUGUGGCGUUGCAGCAGAUGUCACUGGGGUCGCCUUCACAGGCUCUGGCUACAAUGUGAUCGCCAUCCAUCCAGAUCACAAUUUGAUUUUUCUUUUUCAGAACUGGAACCAAAAGCUGAUAUCGUAUGACAUGGAUAGUAGGGAAGUGCGUGAUAUAUGUACUCUUGCACGUGGCUAUGGGGGCAUUACUCCUUAUGUUCCUUUCUUCUUGGAGUUGGCUGCCCUUGAAAAUAAGGACUAA